GCUUCUAUGUCGUUCGUCAAUCACAUCGCGAUCGGAGCACACUGAAAGCGCUCAGCGAUAUUAAUAUUCCAACUAGCCAUGAUUCGCAUCCUCAAAUACUCUGUAAUUAUCGCAAUAUUGCGAGGCCGUUAUUAAAUACCCUUCCGCAGCCCGCUAUGAAAUUUCUCAACUCAUUACCUCGGCACAGGCUAGACAAGAGACCUUUCGACAUUCAUGUGUGAUAGAGGGGAAAGGGGAGAUAAAUUCCACGGGCUGCCAGUGAGUCGAGAUUGGCUUUCUUCGCAUCGAUAACUUCGGCUUCACUAGGAUUCAAGUCGGAGUUUAAAUCCCAAUCACCUGCCAUGUAGAGCGCUUGCUUCGACCGACACCGCAAACAGCGCAUGUUGGCCGUGCCUUCACCCUGCAGCCUUGCCGAAGCAAAAUGCGACCUAGUCGUUCAAGAUCGAAUCUCGUCAAGUAAUAAGAGUAAUUUGUAACAGCUUUCAUGUCCAAACAGUCAACCUGCACCCCGGAGUUUCGUACGAACGAAGGAUCAUUUAUCUGAAGCUGGAACAACAGUGAUAAGCUUUGAAUCGCCAAUGAGUUUGAUCACUAUUCAAGCACUUGGUAGACAUUGCUACCUGGGGCAGCUCUAUAACGCGACAUCGACCACCUUGAUCCCUGGCUUUCGGUUGUUCAACACAUCAGACAUAAAGUUGAUCAAGACAUCUGCAUCGUCUACCGAUGUCAAAUAUGAGGAGGUCAAGAGCCUGAGGGAGAAAGUCAACUUGCUCAACAUCUCCGCUCAGCUUUCCGUUUCAAUCCUCUCCGGUGCCAUCGAUAUCAGUGGGAUGGGUUCAUACCUUCAAAAUGACAAGGAGUCGACCGAAUCUGUUACUGUAGUCGUAGUAGGCCGAUACCGAACCUACAGCGAGAGUCUGGACGUGAAUCAGCUUGUUCAGCUGCAGGCUAUGACGAACCAUCAGCUUGCGAACUUGAAAGCUACACACGUAGUAACAUCCAUCACAUAUGGCGGAAACGUGGUAGCCAGCCUCACACAGAGCCAAGACCUUUCGGCUUCCGAUCUCGACAUCAAGGGCAAGUUUAGCCUAGAAGUUUUCAAGGGCAUGGGCAAGUUGUUCGGAGCUGGUGCGUCAGCCGAGCUGAGCGUGGAGGACAGGAAGAAGCUAAACUCCUAUAACCUGCGCGUUAAGCUCACCGCUGAUUUCUUCAGCCAAGGUGACGAGAUACCUGUUGAUGCACCUGCGUUGCUCACAGCCUUUAAAAAAACCCCAAGUCUGAUUGGCGAAGGCGUCGCCUGCGAAGUCACUUUGGCACCUCUUGCUUGGUUCCAGACAGGCAUACCCACUUUCCGCGAGCUUGCAGACGCCGAUCUCCUCCAGCUCACCGAUCUAUACGAUAGGAUCAUUGUCCUUGAACAAAACCGCUCCGCACUAUCUGCGAAUGCAUCGGAGCAGGAGGAUCUCUUCCCGUCCUUCCUUACGUCGUGCCGCAACAGUAGUUUUCAGGUCAGCCAUCUAGUACAGCAGGCCAGGCAGGAGCUGCGGUUAUUCCUUGAGGCAACUCGCUCCACGCAAUCCAAUGUCAAGUCGCCAACCGAGUUCUGCGAGGAAGUUGAGGGACGUUUCGAUGACGAGAUAGCUCGGUACAAAAAGGACCACGCCGAGUGGCUCAGUAUGAUGGAACGUGUACGUGCCGCAAAGAAGCAUGGCUUUCCUCCGGUAUCCAUCAACGAACUGAGAAGGACUAUGAGCAGGCAGUCCAAAGAGACCGUCGCGAUUAUCCUAAUACCGGAAAACGUGUUAUUUGGUCGACUGCUGGUUACCUAUCGAGACCUUGCUGAAGAUAUCCGCAAGUGGCGCGCGACUAUUGACGAUAAGCCGGUUGACGAUGGGCUGCAUAGCGGGAUGGAGACAGUGUUCGUUUCCGUAUAUGCUGACAGGCUGGUGGAUCAGGAGUUGCUUGGACUUGAUGAUGAGACCAAGUUGGUAGAACUCGCACUCAAGACAGCCCGUACCGAGUCCACCCCCGUAUUCCUAACUUAUGGUCUCACUCGCAACACCCUCGCUCAGUUAAAAUGGAACAUGCUCAACCAGGAGGGCUGGGGUGUCCUCGUAAACCGUGACGAAGGAUGGCGAUACAUUGGUGACGUCCAUAAAGGUGUUCGUCAUGGCAUUGGGGUGAUCACCUACGCUGACGGAUCCGUAUACCAAGGAGAUUGGUUCGAAGGCAAGCGAGAUGAAAGUGGAGAAUUAUUCCCUCCUCAGAGCCAGUCUGCUGGCGACCAACCUGGCACGAGGGGAUCAAAAGGAGUGUUCGUUGACGAUGACUUCGUCUCCGACGGUGUCAUAGUCAAAGUCACAGUCUAUCGCGGACAGUCGCCGAUCCAGUUUAGUCAUGUUGCACUCCGGAAAGGCGAUGCGACCUUUUCACACAUCGAGAAGAUUGGGCGGGUACUGGGAUGGCAAUUGGGUAAGCGCUAUAGGCUGAAGGUGGAGGCUGAUAAGAGUGUAUUGCUCGAGGUCCUUGCCAAUGGUACGCGAGUCGACCCGUCGGAAGACCCUGACGUAGAGAGCACACCGUGGCCUUUCGAGGACACUGAUAGAGAGAUAAUGAUCGCCGCAAUCGCGCUUUAGUCCCUCGAAACUACAUAACCAGAACAGAAAUUCAGGUCGAUAUCCUGCACUCGUAUUGUUCAGUAAGCCCUCUUAAUUUCCUCGUGCAUUUUUCUUUUACUGUGUCCGAGCUUGAAGGAUUCUCUUCGAUGUCUUGCGAUUACUAGUACAGAGAUAAAAUAUCUUUUGUCGGUUGGUGUUUCAGCUUGUCAGGCCAGUCAAACAUGCAUGUCAACAUGUCAAGGGUCAUAAGCUCUCCCUGAAUGACGCCACCACGUAGCUGUUUGAGCGUUUGUUUCGGGAGUUUCUUCGCCUUCAGCUCGUUGUACUUCUUCUACAUCGCCACGGGAUUGUCCAGCAAGAAUUGCUCUGCUUUGCGAAGGACCGGCGGAAGAGAGUCCUGCUCGAAGUUCCAAGACAGUGGGCUGGGGACGUUGGUGAAAACGAUACCGAUGAUAUCGGCGAGAGUGCGAGGGAAGAUCAUAGACGACAACGGCAUAAAUGGUUGCGACUGUCAACUGGGGGUGACACAGUGCCAUUGGCGAGGAUGAGGACAGCGUUGAAAAUAAACGUGUUCGUAUAUGGCCCUCGCAAUGCUGGCCUUAUGGAGGUUGUCGUGUGCAAUUUCACUUGUGGCCAGGCCGCUGGCACUGGGGCCUUUCAACACACACCAAAUUGAGGUUACCUUCCCUAGCCAAAGUAUUCUUACUUCGUAUUUUCUACUGGUAGGACUACUAAUAAUUUAGUUUCUGUGCAAUACUGGCGAC